GUUGAGUCAAUCGAAGAAUUGAUCCUUGUUUGCUUGCUAAACUGGUGACUCCCAUUUCUACGCCUCCUUUCCCAUCAGGUAGUUUGUAGCGUAGCCGCUCAAGCAUCUGUCUAACUCAUAUAAAAGGUCUACUCCGGGCUGUAAAAUUGGCCUUUCAGAUGGAAAUUCUGUGAAAAUUGCGAAGAAGCCAUUCAGAUAUUCAGUUGUGCUAAACGAAACGCAGCGUUCAAGGAGAGGGACAAUGCCAGAAAAGAAACAAUCUUUGCAAAGAAUUUCCCUUUCACGGAAACGUAAGCCACACAAGUCAGAGAGAGAAAGGGGCACAAGUAACAAAUGGCCACGUGUCAAAAGCUCACGAGCUCCUCUCCAAAUUCACAAAAAUCCCUCAUGUCCUUCUAACACUGGAUAAGCCUCUCUUCUCCCCCUUUCCCUUCAGUUCCAAACCAGAACCUCUCUUCACAGGUUCCCAUUAUGGUUUAACCUCACAACUCCCAAGUUUCCAAAACCCAAGCUUUCUCUAAAAAUCUGCCUCCUUUUUUGUGUAUUGAUAUAUUGGCGAUAGUACAUAAACGGAUAGCUUUUUUUGUUUUUUUGUUUUUAAACUAAUGGCUGCAGUUAGUUCACUUUCUUUAUCGGCUAUUGGUCAAACUUCCGGCCACAGAAAAGUCAAUGUCCCAUCGGCUCGUUACUUGGCUUCCAAUUUCGAAGGUUUGCGUUUCCGUACAAGCGUCUUAAAUCAUUCCGUAGGUGUUCGAGCUUCCGCGUCCGCUUCUCCUUCCGUUGUUCACUGCAUGUGUGCUGCUACUGAUGUCCCAACUGUAUCUGAAACAAAGUUGAAUUUUUUAAAAGCAUAUAAACGACCCAUCCCAAGUGUCUACAACACGGUCUUGCAGGAGCUGAUUGUGCAGCAACAUUUGAUGAGGUACAAGAGGACGUACCGUUAUGAUGCUGUUUUCGCCCUUGGUUUCGUCACGGUAUAUGAUCAAUUGAUGGAAGGAUAUCCAAGUGAUGAGGAUCGAGAUGCCAUCUUCCAAGCUUACAUCAAAGCGUUGAAAGAGGACCCCGAACAGUACAGAAUUGAUGCACAGAAGUUGGAAGAGUGGGCCCGUUCUCAAACUUCCAGCUCACUAGUUGAGUUUUCGUCAAGAGAUGGAGAAGUUGAGGCGAUACUGAAAGAUAUUGCAGAAAGAGCUGGGGGUAAGGGGAGUUUCAGCUAUAGCCGUUUCUUUGCUGUUGGAUUGUUUCGUCUUCUAGAGCUGGCCAAUGCAACUGAACCUACAAUUUUAGAAAAGCUUUGUGCAGCCUUAAAUAUCAACAAACGAAGUGUGGAUCGGGAUCUUGAUGUGUAUAGGAAUCUGCUUUCAAAGCUGGUUCAAGCGAAAGAGUUGCUUAAGGAGUAUGUUGAUAGGGAGAAGAAGAAAAGAGAAGAAAGAUCAGAAUCACAGAAGGCCAAUGAGGCAGUCAAAAAAUGUUUGGGCGAAUACCAAUACGUGGGCCAGUAGUCUGGUUUGUGUACGUGCUCCCAAUGUGCUCAUCAUCUUCUGUGAUACUUGAAUCCUGUUUUUGUUUGCUCUGAGGUAGAAACCGUAACCUCCCAUGGUUUAGGCACAAUUUAUCCGCUUGUCUACUGUUUUCAAUUUGGUGGUUGAGAUACAUCCUAUAUGUGUAUUACCAAAAUUCAGUCCAAAUGUAUCAUUUGUUCAUAGCCCAAUUACUUAUGGCAUCAUAAAACUAUCAUUCCGAUUAAUACUCAAAUCACAAGUUUCAAUCUGUUAA